GACUCCGCCCCCUCUGCUUCAUUCCCUGCACUGCGACCGCCGAGGCUCUCUGUGAAACCUAAAGGGAUAAGCUACUCAAUAUGUCUGACGAAGGUAAACUGUUCAUCGGAGGCUUGAGCUUCGAGACCAAUGAAGACUCUCUCGCCGCCGCCUUCGGCAAAUACGGAACCAUCGAGAAAGUUGACGUUAUCAGAGACAAAGAGACCGGCAGAUCCCGCGGGUUCGGCUUUGUGAAAUAUGACAACGUUGACGACGCUAAAGACGCACUGGACGCCAUGAACGGAAAGACUCUUGACGGCAGAGCUAUUCGCGUGGAUGAAGCAGGGAAGGGUGGUCGUCCCGGCCGCGGGUUCAGCUCCGGCCCACGGGGCGGCAGGUUCAGCGGGUCCCGAGGGGGGAGGGGCGGCCGCGGCUUCUCCAGAGGUGGAUACAGCGAUAGGGGGUAUGGCGAGAGGAGUUACGGUGAAAGGAGCUUCGGAGGAGACAGGAGUUUUGGUGGUGGUAGUAGCGGCUACAGAAGCGGCGGAUAUUCAUCCGGCUACAGAGACAACAGAAGCCAGGGGGGAUAUGGUGAGCGCUCUGGGUCAUACAGAGACGGAUACGACAGCUAUGCUACACACGAGUAAACAUCUCCCUGAUUCAAGAUCAUCACUUGGCUGGCUGUAUAUGAAAGAUGCACACCUCAAGAAAAAUGUCCACGUCUUAUUGCUUAUCCUAGUUUGUAGCUCUCUUGUAGUAGCUCGGUGUCUUAAAUGUAGCCAUAAGUUUUGGUCGUUAAACCCUGUUACCAGUUUCAGUGCAAGAAUUUUUUCAGAACAUUUUUAAGCUUCUGUGAAACCUGUAAAGUCCCAUUUUGAGAAUCCAGCAGCCUUCCAAAUAGUUCACUGAUCGAUAAAUUAAAUGCUUGCUGAAUUCUCACUUAGGCUUUCUUUUCCCCCACUUUAUUUUAACAUGAGAUUUAAUGGGACUACUUUUUUUUCUCUUUUUUGUCUGAGCUACCUCCUGCCUGAUUUUUAAAUUUGAGGGAGAUGCUAAUAAAGACUUUUGGGGGGCUACUGUUAAGGCCCUUGAACUAUUAAGAGAACCUUAGGUAGCCAAGGCUCCUUAUGUUCAGUUCCCAAAAGAGAAUUCCUUUAAGACUGGUGAACUACAACCGAAGUGGCCGGCUGUUCAUGAAGUUGCUAAAUGCAGCAUGCUACAGUCUGUCCAAGGUAUCUUCUGUGCUCUGCUCAACAUCUGCAUUUUAAAUGUGCUGUAAAAUGGACUAAUCUUGUCAAGUGAUCUCAAAAUGUAACUUCCUUUACCCAAAGUAAAAUAUAAACGGGAACAGUUUUGUACUUUAUGUUCUUUGUAUGAUUCAAGGUUUUUUUUUUUUUGUCAGUUUGGCUUCAUGAAGCCUAUUAAAACAACUAUGGAAAAUGA